CAAGACGUUAGUAAUAUGUUAAUAGUGCUAUAAUGAGGACAGGGGAAGUGCAGCAGUUACAACAACCACAGUCAAACAACUUAAGACAAUUGCCGGAUAUGCAAAGAUGAAUAUAUACUACAUUUCACUCGGGUUUUGGCUCAUUUUAGGUGUUGAAUGCUACAGUGGAGGGUCAAACAAUACAAUAACUGUUCAGACUGGAGGAUCUGUCACCAUCCCAUGUCAUUACUACAAGAAAUACACACAGCAGAAGAAAUACUGGCACUCAGAAAUUGAACAAUCUAAAACAUACACAAACACAACAGUGGAGAAUCUGUCAGUAAUUGAUCAUCCUGAUCAGAGUCUCUUUACUGUGACUAUGAGAAACCUGCAGAACAAACAGACUGGACCUUAUUAUUGUACUGUGGAGACUGGAGAACAACCAGCGACAAUCACAUAUGAGCCUCAUCUCAAGAUUCAAUCUGAUCCUGAUGUGUCUGUGGUGAGCAGCAGUGUAUCUGGACAUGAAGGUGGUGAUAUCAGUGUUCAGUGUCUCUACAGUUCUGGAUAUCAGAAUAAAGUCAAACGGUGGUGCAGAUAUAAAGAUCAGAGCUGUUACACAGUGGGGAGGACUGACACAUCCCAGAAUACAUCAGUCCAGAUCAGUGAAGAUGAUGAGAGAAGAUCCUUCACUGUACUGAUGACUGGACUGAGACUGACUGAUUCUGGCUGGUACUUCUGCUCUGCUGGAGAGGCACUGAAUCCUGUUCAUCUCACUGUAACCGAGGCAAAAACAGACACAGUGAAAGUCACAAGUGCAACAGGACAUCGUGAGAAUAAUAAUAAUACAUCUGAUGUCAUUGACAAACCACAAAAAAAUAAUAAACUCCUGACUGUGUGGCUUCCAGUUUCAGCUGUGCUUCUGCUGUUAUUGAUUCUGGUCGGUGUUUUCACCUGGAGAUGGAGACAGAGACCCAAGCAAGACAAACCCCAAAUCAGAGAGAGAAAUGGCAGCACCACUGACAUAAUCUACUCUAAACCUGAAGAUCCUGUGAUAUACAGCACUAUAAAUGAUGAAAACCCAAAUGAUCCCAGCAAGGACAUAACCACCUACAGUACUAUUGAUCAUGUUCCUGGGAGUGAAGCAAAUCCUCCAGCAGGUGGAACAAUAUACAGCACUGUGGCUCCACACUGACAGCAACAGUGAGAAAAACACAGGAAGAGAUCCUGCUGACCAAGAGAAACAAAAUUAGCAAUAGAGAACUGUCAUCACAAAUCUUUUUGGUAGAUUUUUGGUUUGUUUUAACAAAUACACAAACACUGAAUCCACUCAUGCAGUUGACUUUUUCCUCUUAAUUUUCAUUUGCACAUUGGUUGUGAACUUUUGACCUAAUAUUUUAUUUUCAAAAGGACCUAUAUGAACUGAUGUGAGGGUAAAAAUGUAAAGGAUUAUUGUAAAUGAAGUUCAUACUUCAUAACUAGCUUGUUUUGCUGUUUUAUUGCAUAUUAAAAGACCUUUCCUGAGAAAAUGGGAUUGUUUUUAACAGUAUGUACAGUUAUAAUUUCUAUUUAAGUAUCCCUGUUUCAUUUCUUCACUGUAAAAAUCACUUUCAGUGUAUUUGUGAAAUAUUUAUUUGCUUUAUGCUUAUUCAACAGACUAGACUUAAAGGAUCUGUGUAUGUAAACUAUUAGAUGUUUGUGUUUGCUAAAUGACUAAUGUCUGUAAUGCAUUUUUUCUUGUAAUCCAAAUAGCAGAUUUUUCUAAUUCCUAUUAAAUAAGUUUGAGUUUU